UCGACUAUAAAACACUUUGCUGCUGCCAAUUGACUUUUGUUUUCGUUUGCGUCUGGUCUCGUCUGGUUGUCUCCCUUUGAAAGAGUGGACAAUACAGCGGUGUGAAGUGUUACCCGAAAAGCAAGCAAAGAUGAAAGUCACUUUGGCGAUAGCGGCUUUCUGCGUGGUGGUGGCCUGCGGCAAUGCGGCCAGAACCACCACAACGACCACAGCGACCAAGCCGGGUCGCUUCCUCUCACUGCCCGUGCCCGCCAAGUGCGCCAGCCGCCCCAAGGAGUUCUCCUACCGCGGCAAAAACAUGUUCCUAACCACCCACGUGCCCGCUUUGGCCAACAAGAAGGUCGACUGGCUGGAUGGCCGUAACCUGUGCCGCGAAUACUGCAUGGACCUGGUGGCUUUGGAGACCCAAGAGAAAAACAAUCUGAUCUUCCGUGUGAUCCAGCAGAACGACGUCCCAUACAUCUGGACAGCGGGCCGCAUCUGUGACUUUGCUGGCUGCGAGAACCGUCCCGAUCUGGAGCCCAAGAGCGUCUAUGGAUGGUUCUGGUCCGCAACCCGCGAGAAGAUCCAGGCCACCAACCGCAUUCCUCAGGGAUGGGGCUACAAUCCCUGGUCGCAGACCGGCCACAAGAAGCGUCCACAGCCCGACAAUGCCGAGUACGAUAUCAACCAGACCAAGGAGCAGUGUCUGUCCGUGCUGAACAACGUCUACAACGAUGGCAUCGCAUGGCACGAUGUUGCCUGCUACCACGAGAAGCCCGUAAUCUGUGAGGACAACGAGGAGCUGCUGCGCUAUGUGGCUGCCACAAAUCCUGGCAUUCGUCUAUAAGAAGGUCGUGUUGUUUGCCUAAUUUUAAAGCUACUUAUUAUAAUAUUCCUUAAACGAGUUUUUGUAUAAUUUUUGUUUGUAUGUGUACGACGAAAACGGAAGAAAGCAAGACAAAUAGACUUUAGAAUUUAUAAUUUCCGAUCUUACCACCUACAUGCACACUACCACCACAUAUGUAUAUGUGCUCCUUCUCUCACCCCCAGCACGCACUCGUACUCCCUUCCCUUAUACUAUAUUUCACUUUAUCGUUCCGAAACUGCCAAUUUUACACGUAGAACCCCCUUCCGUGGUAAACAAUUGAGUCGAUUUCCGACCACUGCACACACAAAGUGACGAAAUAUUUAUACUGGACCUUUGCUCUUACUUUCAUCUAUACAACACAUUGAAAUUGAAUCUCUUUAGUAUUCUUGUUUGAGACACUCAUAUUUCCACCUCCUCCCAUAAAGAGAUUGAAUAAAAUUUUGUAAAGUCCCAUAAAACAAAA